AUGCUGAGUUACUAUUAUAUCAUCGCACUGCUAUUCGGAAGAGCUGUGAAAGCGAGCAACUUCCUCGAAGACAAUUCCUCCGAGGAGCAUGUGCCUACGUUUCCCACACCACCUUCAAUAGUAACAACUCCUUUUAAAAAUGUUCGCGACUCGUCGAAAUCGCAGAUUUUCCAUGAAAGGGACCUAUUAAAUGCCCCAUCAUCCUCAUCAUAUACUAGUAAACGCGGCGACGCGAAUACAUCGAAUCGCGUUUUGAAGGCCAAAGACGAAGACAUUGAAAACCGACAAACUGUCGCCGGAAUUCCCGAUCUGACUGAUCCAUGCUUUCGUCGCUAUGAAAAUAGCAUUAUAGUGAAUGCUCAGCCCUAUGAGCGACGGUCUUCUAUCGGCCUUCUUCAUUGCAAAUCGCAUUGCUUGAACAGCCAAUCUGGAAUUUAUUCGUGUCGCUCGUUUGUCUACGAUAAUAUUAAUCAAGUUUGCGACCUUUUCGCUCACGUUGGCGAUCAAGCACCGGCUCGUUUGCUCAAAUUCCAAACUCGCGAUUAUUUCGAGCCAACCGACGCUUAUCAAUGUCUCGCCGUUGCGCAAAAAUCGGCAGACGAGUUUGUCGCGCCGCCGAGUCCGCCAAUUCCGGAAGUAUCGCAGACUGAAGAAUUGCCGCUAACGACUCAAAAUGUGGCCCGUGACGAGCAGACAAUUUCGGAGUUCACCACAACCCCAUCACCCUCGAAAUUCACGCAAUGCCCUUUCGGCAAAUCGCCAACAUUCCUGCGAACCGAAGGAUUCGAACUUUUCAAAAAUGACGAUGAACAAUAUUCUGCGCGAGAGCCUUCUGAAUGCGCCGAGCUAUGCAUUUCAAACAGGGUAAACGAAAGAGACAUCGAUUGCAAAUCGUUCGAUUACGACUCAGCCACUUCAACGUGCUAUUUCAGCUCGGAAGCGGCUGUUCCAGUUGGAAAUGGGCAACUGAAGCAAAAGGACGAGACAUUCUAUAACGAAAAAAUUUGCAUCACCUCAAGAUUCGUCGAGUUCUGCUCCUCCCCAUUCUUCUCGCGUCAUCCUCAAAUGAUUCUCGUGGGAUUCGCCGAAUCUGUGACCGAUGCUUCAACGUUCGAGCAAUGCUUCGACACUUGUCUCAAUAGUUUCCAAUUAUUCGGCUUCAAUUGCACAUCGGGAAUGUAUUAUUUUGAAGAAACCCAACUCAAUUGCAUUUUGAACUCGGAAAAUCGCCAAACUCAAAAGGAUUUGUUCACCGACGAGAAUACCGACAUUGUCGAUUAUUUUGAAGUCGAGUGUGGUGCGAGAAAAUCAAGUAGGAUAUUGGCCGGCGUGAAAAACUAUGAAGUCGGGGAAAUGGGCGGCGAGAAGAUCGAACUAGCGCAAAAUAGCGAUGAGUUGCAAGGCGCCAGAUGGGAAACAUGGUCUGAUUGUGUCGAUGGAAAACAAACGAGAAGAAGAAGCUGCACAAAUAUGAAUAAAGUCGAAGAUUGUGCAGAAGAGAUGCGGGAUUGUGUUGAAAAGAAGCCCGAAGAUCGCAUUCCAACACGCGAAGAAAUCGCGCAAGUCAAAGACAAAAUCCGAAGAGAGGGCUUCAAAUGUCGCCUGAACGAGUGCUGCCGAGUGUUCUCGACGUGCUCCUACGGUCUUCGGCAUAAUUCGAAAACAAAACAACUCGAAUGGUGCAAAAAGCCAUGUGAGCAAAGACGUUCGCGACUUGUUUAA